ACCACACCAUGCCGCUCAUAAUCCUAACCGGCUUCCCCUGCUCGGGCCUCACCCACCGCGCCCAGCAACUCGCCUCCGCGCUCGAAUCCACACAAUCCACCCUCUUCAAAUCAGGCACCAUCCCCGCCUCCAAGCCGCGAUACAAGAUCAACGUCGUCUCGACGCACGAUGCAUCCCACCCGCGAACCGUCUACGACCAUGCGCGCACGGAAAAGGAGGCCCGCGGCGUGGCGUAUACGCGUGCGAAACGACUCCUCGGCAAAGAUAGCUUCGUCAUCCUAGACGGCAUGAAUUAUAUCAAGGGAUAUCGGUACCAGCUGUGGUGUGAGGCUAAGGCGCUAGGGACGACAUGUUGUGUGGUACAUGUCGGUACACCGGUUGACCAGUGCGUCGCGAACAACGAGGCGCGCAUCCGUCGUCAAGAAGCCCAGACCCAGACCCAGAGCGAGAGCGAGAGCAAGACCGACACGAACGAGACCGAGUCCGCCAACCCAGAAUCCACUACCACCACCACCACCGACCCAACAGAACCCUACCCCCCGGAACUCCUCAACAACCUGAUCUUCCGGUACGAAGAACCCAGCACGCACAGCCGCUGGGACAAGCCCCUAUUCACCGUCCCCUGGGACGACGCCGAGCCCCCGAUCGCCGACAUCUGGAGCGCCCUAACCGGCAUCCCGCACCCCUCUGCCACCGAAGCCCCGACCGAGCCAUCCGCCCUAGCCUCCACGUUCGCAUCCACACACAUCUCAUCCGGCGCCAGCGUCGCGGGGUCCCUCGCCACGACGACCACCCGCGCCGGAGGCCUCGGACGCCCACGCGUCAAAGUCCGCCCCCACCAAGCAACCGUGCAGCCCGUAUCCAUGGACUCGUCUGCCCUCUACGACAUGGAGAAGCGCACGUCGGCAAUCGUCUCCGCGAUCCGAAGCUUCACGCUGUCGACGCCGUCCGCGGAGGCGGCGCUCGCGCAGGGCGACAACGCGCGAGGCAUCAGCAUCGCCGUCCCGGAGGCGUCGACGCCCGUGUUCAUCCCCGCGCAUGUCGCGACCACCGGCACGACGGACGAGCUGGCCGGCGCGGGCGGCAUCCUUGCGUUGCCGCGGCUGCAGAGGCUGCGGAGGCAGUGGAUCUCGCUGAACCGGGCGUAUAUCGCGGGCGGGCAUGCGGCGAAUACGGCGAUGUCCGGGGGGUUGGUGUCGGGGCAGGUGGGGGAUGCGUUUGUGAGGUUUUUGAAUGCGGAGUUUGGGGUGGGAGAGGAAUAGGUUCUUUCUUACUUGCCUGUUCUCGUUUCUGGAUGGAAUAGGUGCAUUUGCAUUGUUUGGUUCAUUUGGUUUUGCUUAAGCGAGAGAAAAGUUACAUGCGGAUAGCCUGCAUCUGCGUACUGAUUUAUAGAGAUUUGCCUGCGUUGGUCGAUCAAAUGGUCAACUAACUAGCAGGUAGUCAAUACACUUACGAAUCAUGAGAU